GCUUGCGACGAUGGCAACACCGUGAAUGGCGACGGCUGCAGCAGCAGCUGUCAGGUGGAACUUGGCUGGACUUGCGAGGCAGCAUCACCUGGAGACUUUGCUGAUGGCUGGGGGCUGGGGACAUCAAAGUGCCGUGCAGCCGGCAUGGACGGUUUGCGGGUCGGAGACGAGGAAUGUGACGACUGCAACAACCAG